AUGGGGAAGCAGAACAGCAAACUGCGUCCAGAAAUGCUCCAAGACCUGCGGGAGAACACCGAAUUCUCCGACCUGGAGCUCCAGGAGUGGUACAAGGGCUUCUUGAAAGAUUGCCCCACGGGCAUCCUCAACGUGGAGGAGUUCAAGAAAAUCUAUGCCAACUUCUUCCCUUAUGGGGAUGCCUCCAAGUUUGCCGAGCACGUCUUCCGCACUUUUGACACCAAUGGCGACGGCACCAUCGACUUCCGAGAGUUCAUCAUCGCGCUGAGCGUCACUUCCCGGGGGAAAUUGGAGCAGAAACUGAUGUGGGCAUUCAGCAUGUACGACCUCGAUGGCAACGGCUACAUCAGCAGGGAAGAGAUGCUGGAGAUUGUCCAGGCUAUCUACAAAAUGGUCUCAUCGAUGAAGAUGCCAGAUGAAUCAACUCCCGAGAAACGGACGGAAAAAAUCUUCCGACAGAUGGAUACCAAUAAUGAUGGGAAACUGUCCCUGGAGGAGUUCAUCAAAGGUGCCCAGAGCGACCCCAUCGUGAGGCUGCUGCAGUGCGAUCCCAGCAGUGCCUCCCAGUUCUGA